AUGGAGUCAUCAGUCAUCUCUUGCUCUUCACUUUCUCCUUCUGAAUUCUCCAACAACACCAUACUGAGCAUAACGUCAUCUGUUUCACAACCUGAUGAUUUUCCGGAAAAGUGUCAAAUAUGUUUCCAACAAGGACAUGGUUAUCACUUUGGAGUAUUCGCUUGCAGAGCAUGUGCCGCGUUUUUUCGAAGAUGUCAUUUUUCUGUAGCCCUUGGGCAAAGAAAAUGUCGACUGAUGAAUGGACAAUGUGGACCAAACCGAAAUGGGAGAUGGUUCUGUAAAAAGUGUAGAAUGGAAAGAUGUAUUCAGUUGGGAAUGACGACAACGAAUAUUCAAUAUGAUCGCGAUGCAUUCAAAUCGUCAUCUAAUUUUAUGAAAAAUCAAGCAUUGGCAAAAAUGGUUGGAGAUCGAAUCGGAGUACCAAUCACAGUCGAGUCGAUUCUCGGAAUCCACCAUCUCAUUUCGUUCAUUCCAAUGUCCGGAGAAGUUGCGAAUCUACCAUAUGUCGACACUUCUCAACUGGUUGACAAAGCCCUUACAAUCAUGCUCACCCCAAAUUUAGUACGAAAAAACAAGAAAACAAGUAAUUUGGAACAAUUGAAAAUCGGACUAGAAGAAUUUCAAUCAGAGCAGAAAGAGAACUUGUCUGAAAUCGUCUAUCUGUCUCAAAAUGAUCAAAAAAGAGAAUUCGAAACGAAUAUGUGUGCGGCAGCGAGAUGGAUGUCAUGUUCAGAUCAAAUCAGACAAUAUGAUGAUGAUAUGAAAAUUAGUUUACUUCAGGCAGUUUGGUUCGUUUGGGGAAGAUUCGAGCGAAUAUGGAUGACUGCAAAAAUGAGAUCAAAGAAGCUAUGUGGAAAGAAACAGUUCGUGAUUUCACAGGAAGCACUUAUAGAUUACGAUAGGAUGGAUUCAGAUAUCAGUUGUUGGUCAAAUCAUACUUUUGAGGAAAUGAAAUUUUUCUUUGUGCCUCGUGAACUGUAUUACGAUGACGUCAUUUGGGAGUUAAUGGAAGUGCAACCAGAUGACAUAGAACUGACGUUUAUCAUGUGCUCUCUUUGUUUCCAGUUGACAGGAAAACGUCAUGGCGAACGUGUCCAGGAAGAAAUGGAGCGGUUAGAAGAUAUUUUUUCCAACGAGCUUCACGAGUAUUACACGAGAAUUAAGAAGCCAAUGUAUCUUUUACGACUGAAACAAUUAAUGAGAGUCAAAGAGAAAUUUCUCAAAAUUCGGAACACACGGAUCGAUAAAUAUCAGAUUGGUGGUAUUUUCAACAUGUUCAAUGUGUCAUUUUCUAAUCCUGAUUUUUUCUGGGUGCCUCCAUAA